CGCUCCCCCAUUGAAUCUUAUCACUUCUUUAGUCCUAACCAACCCCAAAGAUUAACACACCGAAACGGUCCAAUUGGAUUGCUCGGGUUCAAGCCCAAUUCUCUCUUUCUCUCUCCUCUCUCCUCUCUCUCUCUCUGCUCCUCCUCCUCCUCUCUCUCUCCUCCCCCUCUGCAGAAACCCUAGAUCUGGCUCUGCAAAUCGUAGGUUCAGCUCUAGAUUUGCUGGAAGAUACCGCUUUUCUUCCUGGGUUCCCCUCAAAAUCGAGUUUUUUCCAUCUGGGUCUUUGUCAAAACGAGUUCUUGUGCAGGUAUUCUGUUUUGGAAUAAUCCUGCCUGCAGUAGAAUUUAACUUCUUUUGGCCUCAAGAUGUCAACCCCGACUGUUGAUGCACCAGCCCCUGAUUUCAAGCCUGAUACGGCUGCUGAUAUGACCGCCGAUAUCCCCACUGAUAUGACCACCGAUAUCACUACUGAUGUGACCACUGACAUCACCGCUGAUGUUGAGAUGCCUACUGCUGCUGCAAACAAUCAGAUUGUCCCAGUUGAGCCACAGCCCAACAAUAUAGAAACACCACCAAGCAUCCCAGAAACUCAACCUAACAAGCGUAGAAAGAAGAAGUCUAUAGUUUGGGAACACUUCACCAUUGAAACAGUUGGUGCUGGUUGUCGAAGGGCAUGUUGUAAGCAAUGCAAGCAAUCAUUCGCAUACAGUACGGGCUCAAAAGUAGCAGGCACUAGUCAUCUUAAACGCCACAUUGCUAAAGGAACCUGCCCAGUUGUCCUUCGUAAUCAGGAGAAAAAUCAGUCCAGCCCAUUUAGUGCACCUUCAAAAGUUGGUGGAUAUGGGGCAGGUACUGAUACUCCAAGACGUCGUUACAGAACUACUGCAGCACCUUACGUUUCAUUUGAUCCUGACCGUUGCCGUGAUGAGAUUUCUAGGAUGAUAAUCAUGCAUGAUUACCCCCUUAACAUUGUUGAGCAUCCAGGCUUUGUUGCUUUUGUUCAGAAUCUUCAGCCUCGAUUCGAUAUGGUGAGUUUCAACACUGUCCAAGGGGAUUGUGUAGCAACCUACCUCAGGGAAAAACAGUCCAUUCAGAAGGUGAUUGAAGCAAUGGCAGGACGUAUUUGCCUCACCCUGGAUAUGUGGUCUUCUUGCCGAGGACUAGGCUAUGUCUUUCUAAGUGGGCAUUUUAUUGAUAGUGAGUGGAAAAUGCACAGGAGGCUUCUCAAUGUCAUCAUGGAACCUUAUCCAGAUUCAGAUGCUGCUUUCAGCCAUGCAGUUGCUGCUUGUUUAUCAGAUUGGAGCAUGGAGGGAAAGUUAUUCUCUGUCACCAUAAAUCAGUCCUUGAGUGAUGCUGCAGUUGAUAAUUUAAGAGCUCUACUGUCUGUUAAGAACCCUCUUGUUCUCAAUGGUCAGCUCUUGCUGGGCAAUUGUCUUGCUAGAAGUCUGAGUAGCAUUGCCCAAGAUGCAUUAACGUCUGUGUUCGGAACGGUUAAGAAAGUUAGAGACAGUGUGAAAUAUGUGAAAACUUCAGAAUCCCACGAGGAGAAGUUUCUUGAGCUCAAGCAGCAACUUCAAGUGCCUAGCACAAAAGUUCUAGCCAUCGACGACCUAACUAAAUGGAACACAACAUAUGAAAUGCUGUUGGCUGCAUGUGAACUGAAAGAAGUUUUCUCAUGUCUGGAUACUUCAGACCCUGAUUACAAAGAGGCACCGUCACUGGAAGACUGGAAGCAGGUGGAGACUCUGUGCACGUACCUGAAACCCCUUUUUGAGACGGCUAACCUCCUGACAGUCCCGACUGUUCCGACAACAAACACAUUCUUCCAUGAAGCUUGGAAGAUUCAGUUGGAGCUUGGACGUGCAGCAGGAAGCGAGGAUCCCUUCAUUAGCAGCCUCACCAAAUCCAUGCAAGAGAAAUUUGACAGGUAUUGGAAGAGUUGCUGCUUUAUAUUAGCAAUUGCUGUGGUCGUGGAUCCCAGGUUCAAGAUGAAGCUCGUGGAAUUCAGUUUCUCCAAGAUCUACAACGAAGAGGCUGCCACAUACGUAAAGAUUGUUGAUGAGGGCAUCCACGAGCUGUUCCUGGAGUAUGUUGCGCUCCCGCUGCCACUGACCCCAACGUAUGUCGAAGAAGCAAAUAACGGUACCGUGAAGGCUGAGGAUCCGCAAGGAGGGAAUCUGCUAGCGUCAAAUGGGCUUGGGCUCACGGAUUUCGAUGUGUACAUCAUGGAGACGACGAGCCAGCAGUCAAAAUCAGAAUUGGAUCAGUACUUGGAGGAGUCUUUGCUGCCUCGGGUUCAUGAAUUUGACGUCGUAGGGUGGUGGAAGCUAAACAGAAUGAAGUACCCAACCCUUUCAAAGAUGGCUCGUGAUAUCUUGUCAAUCCCAGUCUCCACCGUGCCGGUGGGCUCAGUGUUCGAUACUGUGGGCAAAGAGAUGGAUCGUUACCGGUGUUCAUUGCGACCGGAGACGGUGGAAGCUCUGAUAUGCGCCAAGGACUGGAUUCAGGGCGAGUCUGUUGGUACUUCAAUUGUACCUGUAAAAAUGGAAGUACCUAUUUAGGUUUUGUUUUGUUACUUUGUACCAUGUUGUCUCGCCUCGUGUUUUAGGAUAUGACAUUUUUCUAGGCUGGCUUAUGUAUUUGCUCUUGUUCUUGGAAAAAAAAAGGGAUAUAUGGAACCUCUUAUUGUACCAUAGACAGACAUUUGGGUCCAUUAGGAUUAGAUGCUUAAAUGGUAGGAGGAGUUAAAAUUGGUUGUUUGUGAA